AUGGGGGAUGCCUUUGACGUCAAUGAUGCUGUGAUCAGGGGUAAAACUCCCGUUUUCCCUAAUUAUCCGGGCACCAAAAUCUUGAGCUCCAACAACUACGGUUGUCUCCUGGGAACACACGGGGAAGCCCACGGCUGGGACAAAUACGACGGUUCCGACAUCUACUUCAUGCUCUCUGACUUCCGCAAAGUCGAGCAACCCCCGAGCCUAGUCAAAUUCACCAAACGCCUCGCCGAGAUGCACAAGAAAUCACAGUCCCCCACAGGUAAAUUCGGCUUCCACACCACGACCUACCGCGCCAAGCUGCGCCAGAUCACCGAUUGCUGGGAGGACUCUUGGGCGGUGCUCUACCGAAAACAGCUGGCGCACAUGGUCGACCUGGACGAGGCGGUGCACGGCGCGUGGCCCGAGUUUGCGAUCGUCUGCCGGCUAGUCCUGGACCGGGUCAUCCUCCGGCUGUUGGAGCCGCUGCAGGUUGGCGGGCGGGUUCUUAAGCCGUGUCUGGUGCAUGGCAAUUUGUGGGAUGAGAACACCGCGACGGACAUGGCGACGGGGGAGCCGUUUAUCUUUGAUGGCGGGUCGUUUUAUGCGCAUAAUGAGUAUGAGAUUGGGAACUGGAGGGCGGCGAGGCAUAGGUUGAGUACCGCGCCGUAUGUCAAGAGUUAUUCGCAGGAGUUUCAUGCCUCCGAGCCCAAAGCAGAAUGGGACGACCGUAACAUGCUAUACUCUCUCCGUUUCGAUCUCGGAACCGUCUUGAUUCCCUGCAAUCAACGUCAGAUCGCCAAACAAAACAUGACAACCCUCUACAAGAAAUUCUUCCCCAACGAAUUCGCCACCCUGACCCUCCAAAACAACCUCCUCAGCUUCACCUUUUCCCUCCAACAACAACGACAACAAUCCGCCGCUCGCUACCCCCGCCCCGUCGCCAGGUAUCCCAAACGUCCUGGUCAACUGGCAGUUGGCCGGCAAGAAGAAGACAACAAAGGCCAGCAAGUAGGGGAAGAAGAGGAAGAAGAGGAAGAAGAGGAAGAAGAGGAAGAAGAGGAAGAAGAGGAAGACGAAAACGAAGAGGAGCCAUAUUAUACCCUCAGCGGUGAUGAUGAUGUAUUGGACGAUAGCGAGACGCCUGUUGAUGAUAAGAGGCGGGGGUUGAGAACUUGA